UGUACCAAACUGAAUGAUGGCAUAACUGCACACUCUGAAAACCCAAAGCUACUUGAAAAGCCCUUCAAAGUAACUCCAAAUGGACUAAGUAGAAGCCUUACCAAAAUUGGUGUAAGUCAGCUGGUUAUUGUGUUCUGUGAAGACAAGCAGCAGGUCUACUGUCAGCUGUGUUCAGUCAGACUGAAAACAUCCAGCCACUCCACCAGCUUCACUCAUUGCUUCAACUAUGUGAAAUCGAAGUAUCCAGGAUUGACUGCAAAUGUAUCAAACUUGGAGGACAAAUUGAGAAGCAUCGUGGCCUAUUUAGCUCAGAUUGAGAAAAGCCUCGGUCCACAGAAGCCACAGCAAAUAGAAGUGAAGAAGGACUUGUACCUAAAGCUGGCUGCACUCCCAGAAAAAGAAGCUGUUAAAGAACUGAAAGCAAUUGUCAGACAAGACCCUCUAGUCUCAUCCACUUCAGCUGAUGUAAUCAAAGCCUUUCAACAGAAAACUAGAAGGUCCUCUGAAGUUUCAAGAACACGUGUGUGUGUGCAACCAGCAGAGAUUUCAAGACUUCCUGGUAAUAACUUAUCAGAGCAGAAUGGUGAGCGACUUCAGCAGAAAAAACCUCUCUGUGAGAAGGAAAGGGCAAAGACUGCUGUCCUGUCAGCUAUUUACCCGACUCAAGAUAACUUCCAGCCUUCUAACAGAUGUGACACAAUGGAUUCUGAUUCUGCUUUAGGUCAUGAAGAAACCGUCAAACAGAAUCAAAGUAACUGUGACACUGUUGCUGCUCCUCAUCAUCAUAAAGUUACACCUGCAUGUCCUGGAGUAAAAGUGGAAAAUGCAGAUUCUAUUUCCGCCCUGGAAAAAGAUUGUUUAAAGAGUUCUUUUCCCUUAAAUGAAAUCUGCAGCCCCCAGAAACAAACGGGUCUGGUACAAAUGAGACCAAAAGGACUGAGCUUGAAAGAAGAAGCAGCCCCAAAAAACGACUCGGCACCACAAGAGUACUGUGAACUACAGUUUUCCCCCAUUACUUUCUAUGGGAGAAAAGCUCCAGGCUGCAGUAAUUUGUUCCUUUACUUGCAAGUAAGAGAACUGGAUGCUGAAAAGGUUAUUGGUAUAGACUCUGUCUGGGAGUGCAGAGGGAUAUGUCUGGACACUUUCUUUCUGUGUGAAAGUUGUGAAAAAACCAUCUUAUGCCGCAACAUCUUUGAACAUAUGACCAACCUUAGCCACCAACUCGAAUACAUGAGGAAAUGGCAUCCUGAGUUUCUGAAGAUAUUCUGGCUGCAGAAGGAUCUUCCUCAAGCAUUACAAAUGAACAUUUUGCGAGAAGUUGUCAGAAGGCUGGCAGAGCGUGACCGUGCCUUUAAGGUUGAUGCAAAGUGCAUAAUACUGAAACAAGAGUUGCAUCAGUUUGUCAGGAUGGCUCAAUUCAAUGAAGCUUUGAAAAUUGUGCGGAAUAUCCUUAGCGAAGAGAAAACAACGUUCCAUCUAUCAUCCGGUCUUGCAGCCAAGGCUGAAGAGAAAGGCAAGCGCAGUAAUCUGGAAGACAGUUUAAUUGUUGGAGCGUCAGCAGUGGUAAAAGCCUUUAGCCCUGUGAAAAUGACCUCCACCUCUUUAAAGACUAAUCUGUUGGACCCUUCAGCCCAUGAUCCAGGAGAAACUCUGGUUCAGUUUACCAAUCCUAAUGCAUUCGUAAAGCGAGAGUUUAAAUCGGCUGUCUCCUACCCUCAAAGCUUUGGUGAGGAAUUGGUCCCAGAAACAUCCUGCAGUGCUGUCAAGAACAGCCUGUCGGCAUCCGUUGGAGCACAAACCAGAAAAAGAACAGCUGAGGUAUCUCUAAGCCUACAUCAACUGAAAGAUCCCACGCCUCCUAAACGUACAUUUCUUCUACAAAGGCUGAAGAGUGAGCCUGGUUCUCCACCCUCUAUGACCCCUCCACUGAACUCUGUUGCACCCUCUUCUUCGCUUGCUAUGAAAGAUGAAGGCUCCAGCUCCAUAAAAGCUACAUCCACUCUGGAUCAGGAUUUUCUUUUGAAGCCAAUUCCUGGCAUGAAAUGGCGAACCUCCAAGAAGAACCACCACUCUGCAUUGGCUAAGGAUCAUAUAACCGGCAUAAAGUCUGAAAUAGUGUCACGAACCUGUGAUUCAAAGUCCCAGCUUAUUAAAGCUGAGGCGGAGAUGAACCGAGCCUUUAACUCUAUAGAAGGGAACACGGUGCCAAAACCUGAUCCAGACUACAGGAAGGAACCUCUGUCCUUUGGUGCUUCAGCAGCAACCAUCUCGUCCCCUGAGGACUUUCUAGAAGGGAGCACAGUGACCAAAGUUAUACCAUUGACUGAGGUGGCUCCUUCUACUGACUUACAGAAUCUACAAUUCUUUCAUUCCCAAAAGAUCUGUAGAGUUGAGUCCUAUAGUACGUCUACCAACCAUAUCUCAGGACAAAUACCAGAUCCAAAAGGUGACCUAGAAUCUGACUGGACUCUGAUUAGUCAACCAUCUUCUUUUAAAAAUGAAAUUUUAAACCCAGAUAAACACUUCUUUCAAGGUAGCUACGAAGGACUGACUACACCUUGUUUUAACAGAAACCAUCAAAUUGGUUUCAACACUUGCCCACCACCAGCAGGCUCAUGCUGUGCUGAAGCUUUUGAAGGUUAUAAUCCACACAGCCAGUUAAGUGACAUUUCACAUCAACAAUGCAUGUACCCGAUCUACCCUCAGCCAGUCAUUCUGUUUAGUCCAACAGUUCAGUUGCUUCCAGGAGUGGGUGUUUUCCACAUCCCCUGUUACUCAUGGGCAGCAAGGAUGGGAAGGUGAUCUGUAAAGCUUUUAGACUUGCAUGAAGUUGUGAAUAAAAGUUCUCUGAGGAAUUGUUAGAAAUCAUUUAUUUUAUACCUGUUUCUUCAGAUUGUUACAUUUCUUUGUGCAUAAAGAAUCACAUUUUUCAUGUGGAACUAAAAUGGUUUGUGAUGAAGAAAAUUGUUAAAGUUGCUUUUAUAUUUAAUAAAGUCUGGUUUUCUUCGAGUUUGUUAUAUGUUUCUGCCCUGGAAAAACAUAGCCAAUUGUAGAUCUUGAAUUGUAUGUUGAUUAUACAAUUAAAUCCACAAACAUAUCCUCACCACAGCUGGAGAGUCCAUUGGAGGCCAUCUUGUCUUUCAGACAUUAAGGUAUAUAAGCAGAGAGAAAUGUGAGGUUCGGAUGGGAAAACCAGGUCAGUGUAGCUGGGUGCACUUGACAUUAAUUAUGGUUGAU